AUGACGCAAGAGCGCACGUCACUCCUCCCGGUGUGGGCGCGGACGACCGCGCGACGGCCAAGAACCAGACACCACCACCCGCUCCACGUCAACGCCGCAGACGCCAUGGAAGGGGAAGAAGACGCGCACCACAGGCCCUCCUCCUCCUCCUCCCGCCCCUUCCUCUCCGGCCUCUGCGCCGCCGCGCUCCGCCGCAAGCCCCUCGCCUCGCGGACCGCCGCCGCCGCGUCCAGCGACGGCCUCGUGCGCCAGCUCGGCGUCCUCGAGCUCGUGCUCAUCGGGAUCGGCGCCUCCAUCGGCGCCGGGAUCUUCGUCAUCACCGGAACCGUCGCCCGCGACGCCGGACCUGGUGUGACUAUCAGUUUUGCCCUAGCUGGAGCUGCGUGCGUGCUCAAUGCCCUGUGCUAUGCUGAAUUGGCGUCUCGUUUUCCGGCUGUGGUCGGGGGAGCAUACUUGUACACGUAUGCUGCGUUUAAUGAGCUCACGGCCUUCCUGGUUUUCACCCAAUUGAUGAUUGAUUACCAUAUUGGGGCAGCAAGCAUUGCCCGUAGCUUAGCAAGCUAUUUCAUCCAGUUCUUGGAGCUGAUUCCGGCUGUGAAGGGCAAUGUUCCCAGUUGGAUUGGGCACGGAGAAGAAUUUUUUGGUGGUGUUGUUUCAGUUAACUUGUUGGCUCCAAUUCUUCUUGUCAUCUUGACUGUGAUCCUCUGCCGUGGUGUCAAAGAAUCGUCAACAGUGAACACUUUUAUGACUACAUUAAAGAUAGUCAUCGUCAUAGUCGUUGUAUUUGCUGGUGUGUUUGAGGUGGAUGUAUCAAACUGGUCACCAUUUAUGCCUAAUGGUUUCAAAGCCGUUGUAACCGGAUCCACAGUAGUCUUCUUUGCCUAUGUUGGAUUUGAUGCAGUUGCUAAUUCAGCUGAGGAAGCUAAAAGACCACAGAGGGACUUGCCUAUUGGCAUCCUAGGGAGCCUUCUGGUAUGUGUCAUACUAUACAUUGCUGUGUGCUUGGUGAUUACUGGAAUGGUGCCAUAUACAUUACUUGGUGAAGAUGCUCCCUUGGCUGAGGCUUUUGCUGCUAAGGGGUUGAAAUUUGUUACCGUGUUGAUCAGUAUUGGAGCUGUUGCUGGUCUUACUACAACACUUCUUGUUGGUCUGUAUGUUCAGUCACGUUUGUAUCUUGGGCUUGGAAGGGAUGGCCUGCUACCUUCAAUAUUUGCUAAAGUUCACCCGACGCUGCAUACUCCUCUGCACUCUCAGAUCUGGGUUGGUUGUGUUGCAGCAGUCUUAGCUGGCCUCUUUAAUGUGCAAGCACUCUCUCAUAUUCUCUCAGUUGGCACACUGACAGGCUACUCAGUUGUAUCAGCUUGUGUGAUCACGCUUCGAUGGAGCGACAAAGCAACUAAUUCUCGCUCCCUUGGAAGUAUCUCAAUCUGGCAGGAGGGUGUUUUGUGCCUUGUCACGGUGGCUCUCUGCGGUUUCGUAGCAGGAAUAUCCUACCGAUUUAGCUACGCUAUUGCCUUCAUCAUAGUAGCUUUUCUGAUAGCUAUUGUUGCCAGCUUUGCUCUCCAGUUUCGACAGGUCUAUGUUCCUGUGGAUGCUCCUCGCUUUUCUUGUCCUGGAGUUCCGCUGGUCCCGGUGCUCUCUGUUUUCUUCAAUAUGUUUUUGUUUGCUCAGCUUCAUGUAGAAGCUUGGUACAGAUUCGUCAUACUUAGUCUCAUCGCGGUGGGGGUCUAUGCCGGAUAUGGUCAGUACUACAGUGCUCCUUCCACGUCAGACCGCUCCUCUGUAGCUUACCAUGGAGUUCCCUCUGAAGCUCCAUGAACAAUUGCAAAUCCUCCAAGUUCAUCCAAAAUUUACAUUCCACGUGAUCGUCGUGAAGCUGUGGAGGUAAUUAUUUUACUUGCGUUGCUCGAAGCCUCUGUGUCUGUGUGCGGUGCAUUCUCCGCGGCUCCGUCUAUACAUCUGUAAAAUGGGGCGGAGUACGUUGGAAGUCUGCCACGAUAUCAUGUCCACCAAGAGAAGAAACAGCGAAAGGAAUGUUUUGUUGAGCAAGGGGAUCGAUUGCCUCCCCUACAAAGAUACACUUGGGAAGAUUCUGGAGAUAGGAUUGUAAACUUUACUGUACAUGUAGUAUUACAGUUCACAACUUUGUAUGUACCUCAAACAAAAUUCAUCUAAGAAAAACCUAGAAAGUUUUAGUUUAA